UUAUUUCCUCUGAUUCAUUAUGUCUCAUAUAGCAGCUACAUCAAAUAAUUGGUGCAUUUAGAACUGACGUAUCUUCAUUUACACGUUCAGGAGAAAAUACACUCGUUUAUCUUAUGUGUCACGCUAUCAUUUACAAGGAGCUGUCAAUGCAGUUUCCUAGUAAAGGCAGUUCUGCGUAUUUUGCCGUCUCUCAAAGGCACCCUUUGUUUUUAUUCCUCAUGCACGUGCGCAAUGAGCCAUUCACACAGAAGACGGACGUUUGUGAUGUUAAUGAAGCUUAUGAUGUCAUUUCGCUCUUUUAUCCAAUUAAAAACAGCAACAGAAACCUUAGCUGACCUUUGGAUUAUUCAAUGGAGAUUAACACGAAAUGGCCACUUUCAAUUAUCACUUUAUGAGAGUAUUAAAAAAAAACUAUUAGAAAUGAGCUACAGGAGUGAAAUGACUAUCACAUGUGAGCACCACCCUGAGGUGACAGUAGAGGCUUUCAGACUGUAAAAAUAUUAAGGAUUUACAGGACAAAAACACUUUUAAGAUCGCUGCAGCCAAACCAAAUCCACGGACGCUGUGGAAGACUUCUCACAUGUUUUGGUCGAUUGUAAGAGUCAGGAGUCUUUGAAGGAUAAUUAUAGACAUUGACUGGAUGCAGAACGCCGUUCUCCAAUGACCUGUCACUCAUCCGACUCCACGGAAAGCAUCGAGAAUGAAAGGAGAUCGCAAACCGAAACCCAAGUCGCGGAGACCGAACAGAGUCGCAUUGCCACUGCCAUGAGAGACCUUAAAAACACUGCAGGCUGGUAUUGGGGCAGCCUGACAGCCAAUGAAGCCAAGGAGAUCCUGCAGGACACGUCGGAGGGGACAUUUCUGGUCCGAGACAGCUCUCAGAGGGACUACCUUUUCACCAUCUCCGCCAUGACUUCUGCGGGACCCACCAACCUGCGAAUCGAAUACAAGGACGGCAAGUUCAAGCUGGAUUCCGUGGUGCUGGUCAAACCCAAACUCAAACAGUUUGACAGCGUUGUCCAUCUCGUGGAACACUAUGUGCAGCUGUCCCGGACGUCUUGUAAGGGCAGGACUACCCCUGUCGCCCCGUCCAAUGGCACCGUGCAGCUGCUGCUCACGACUCCGGUGUACACAGCCACACCGUCUCUGCAGCAUCUGUGUCGUAUUGCCAUCAACAAAACCACACGGCGGGUACAAGAACUCCCUUUGCCGAAUCGGCUGAAGGAUUACCUGACAGACUACACUUAUAAUGUAUAGAACCAGAUGGACAAUGAUGACCAUAAGUGUUGAGUUCUAUGGAUCAUAGACCCAGAAAUAAUGGGGUGCCGACGACCCGUUUAGGAUCAUUUGCCAGGGAUCCCUCAUCUUGUGCCCAAGGACAAGAGGACAAAAAGGAUGAUUCACAUAAAAAAUAAAAAUCUGUGAUUAAUUACUCACCGUCAUG